AGUAGGACAUGGGAAAUGUAUUUAUUUGUUUGAUUAAUUCAUACCAUUUGAACCCAGAGUUUUGGUCAAGACCAGGUCCUCAGCAAUCUACUGUGAGGUUCAGAAAGUUUCUUUUCUUGUAACACUUCAUGUAAACGUGCACCAGAAAGCGAGAGAGAAGGAACUGAAUGAGAGCCAAGCAGGCAGCAAUACUGAAGGGUUUGGAUCCUUGUUGCCAACCUUAACAUGUCUAAAAAAAGCAAUGCCACUCUGGCAGGGCCAGCCAAAGUGGAAGUGGGUUCAGAGAUUGUGGCUGUAAGAAGCAAUAGGGUCGUGCAGAAUAAUACCAUUGGCCCAGCAGAGAUUGUCAUCUGUGAUGGAAAGAUAGCUGAUGUUCUUCCAAAGAGAAACUGGGCCAGACCCAGUGGAGAAAAGAUCUUGGAUGUUGGAGACCUCGUGGUCAUGCCUGGAAUAAUUGACCCUCAUGUGCAUAUAUAUGAGCCUGGACAGCCAACUGGUGAAGGAUUUACAUCUGUGACUCAGGCUGCAGCUGCAGGAGGCAUCACCACUGUUGUUGACAUGCCCUUGUACUGCAGUCCUCCAACCGCAACCUUGUAUGCCCUUGAGAAAAAGCUCCAGUCUGCCAAGGGAAAGUGCUAUAUUGAUGUUGCGUUUUGGGGUGGCGUCAUUCCUGGAAAUCAGGCUGAGCUCCUACCAAUGCUGAAGGCUGGGGUUCCUGGAUUUCAGUGCUUCCUAAUGACCACUGGUGUGGAGGACUUUUCCCAUGUUUGUCUACAUGAUAUACAUGUGGCAAUGAAUGAACUGCAAGACACAGACUGUGUACUCCUGUUCCAUCCAGAACAGGAGCCAAGUCACUCCCUGCCUGUCCAAGAGGACACCAUGGAGUACAGCACUUUCUUGGACACACGCCCUUAUACCAUGGAGGUGGAGGCCACCAUCACCAUUGCUGAACUCUGUCUCCAGUAUAAGAUACCAUGCCACAUCGUUAAUCUGUCCUCUGCUCAAGCCUUGCCCAUCAUCAAGGAUGCUCGUCAGAAGGGAGCACCAAUUACUGUAGAAACUGCCCACCACUACCUCAGCCUGGCAUCUGAAUGCAUUCCUCCAGGAGGCAUCUACUACAAAUGCUGCCCUCCUAUCAGGGACAAGAACAACCAGGAGCAGCUGUGGGCAGCUUUAGAAGUGGGAGAGAUAGACAUGGUUGUCUCAGCUCAUACUCCUUGCUCCCGAGACUUGAAAGAUUUGAACAAUGGAGACUUCCUCAAGGCCCCGGCAGGGAUUGCUUCACUACAGUUUGGUCUCCCUCUCUUCUGGACCUCUGCAAAAUCCAGAGGGUUCUCCUUCCAUGACCUAGUGCAACUGAUGUGCAAAAAUCCUGCCAUUCUGAGCAGGCUGGAAGACCGUAAAGGAUCACUUGGCCCUGGGAUGGAUGCAGACCUGGUGAUCUGGAAUCCAGAAAAGGAGUUUGAGGUGAAUAAAAACAUAAUCCAUCACAAGGAUAAGCUAACCCCAUACUUGGGUUUCCAGCUUUGUGGUGAGGUCUUUGCCACUCUUGUACGUGGCAGGCUGGUUUAUCUGAAUGGGAAAUUUGCACCCAAGCCAGAAGGGGACCUGCUUGUGACUGAGAGGAAGAUGCCUACAAGUGUCUCAUCACCCUACUACUAAUGAGGAAGAGAGUAUGACAAAUGUACUAGCUAAACUGAAGUGCCAUACACAAAUCUGGGCAGAAGAGAAGCUGGAAGAAUA